UGUCGCAGUCGGUUCUCACCUGACAAUGAGAAAAGCCGCGGAUUCAGUAAAUGUUAAACCAGCUAAUCACGGUAGGGAAAAUAAUGGUCAUUUGAGGGACUUCAGACUUCAGUAGUUAAAAACAGCUGACACCCAGUGAAACCCAAAAAUGGAGCCAGAAAUGGUCAACCCGUUUGCCCUCUUGCAGUCUGCCAAGGCAGAGAACCCAGAGGUCGAGAGGGGUCAAAGUGCAGAGGUCACUCCCAAGGCAGAUGGAGCUGAUGAUCAGAGUGAGGGCAUUGGGGAUGCAGGGUCAGAGGUCAAAGGUGAAACAGGGACACGGGAGGCAGAGAAGGUGCAGGCCAUUGAUCGGAUGAUUCAGACGGUAUUUCUGGUGACCAUAGAUCACGAGGGCGAGACAAAUCAGCGGGGUAUGCCUCCCCGCUGCGUGUACCUUGUGGAAACAGCCGAUGCUGUCAAGGAGGAAAGCGAAGGGGCCUGGCACUGGCUGGGAUGGGACGUCAUUGAUCGAGCCGUCUUUGAGAGGUUGCUCCUGGAAGACCCUGCCUUCCAUGUCAUCAACAUGAACUCCUCUUCAGUGAGCUGCAGCAUCGAGGAGCAGGAGGCGGGAGAGAAGGAGGUGAUGCGGUACCUGCUGGCCUGCUACAGGAGGAGCGUGGAGCAGUCCAAGGCUAACAAGGAUGACCUCCAUGAAUAUGCAGAGUGCUGUCGGCGAGUGGUUGUGUCAAAUGCGGUGACCAGUUUGCUGACACCAGAGCUAUUCAGCAAUCAAGACCUUCACGCACAGACGAUGACCUUGCUGCUGCAGAUGUUUGCAAGUGGAGAGAUUGACCACGCUUUCAGCUUCUUGCUUGAAGUGGCCGACGCCAUCUUGCUGGACGAGGACCUGCAGCUGGCCGACGCCUUUGGUCCGUUGCUAGACCACCUGUACAAAGAGAUGAGGGGAAUCCCAUCGUUUUCCGAUGCCAGGAACAUGGUUUUCUGUGCUGUCCUGGAGCUCUUCACACGACGCCCAAGUUUAGCAAAGAUUCUGAUGGAUCAUGUCUCGCCUAAGGACCCCAAAAAGGCCAAGAGUUACGAGGAGACAGUGCUAGGGGUGCCACUGUCUCUGUCCUGUAUCCCCAAACAUCAGCGGGUGGCCGAGUUCUUCACCACGCCCUCCAGGGGAACCCAGCGGGAGCACAAUGCAACCCAGGAAUUCUUGUGGCAGCCUAUAUCCCUCCUGAAUGAGAGGAUGUAUGAGAUAUUCAAAGGAAUCUUCAAGUCUUCCGCGGCGAACAAAAACAGGCUGCUAGCGUGGCUAGGAAACUGUCUACAUGCCAAUACAGGACGGGCUAAACUCUGGUCCAGGGAGCUGCCCAACUUUGGCCAGGUCUUCGCCAGCGACGCCUUCUUUGUGAACCUGGGAGCUGUCAUGGUGCGAUUCUGCACCCCGUUCACUGCGCCAGACUCCAGCAAGAUCCUGGGUGUGGACCUGAGCUACAGUCGGCUGGAGCUGAGCAGCAACGCGGGAGAGGAGGAGAUGAACGCCAAGGGGGUGCAUCUACGAGGGCUCCCUAAGGAGACGUGCCUCAUUAAGUUAGCUGAUGAUGAUGGAGGCACGCUUAGCGCUGCCCCCUCGCUACCCGCCCGCCCUCCAUACAAGUUCACCACGGAGAUCUUCUUCCUGACUCAGCGUUGUCUACACCUGGGCUACCACAGCGUGCUGGAGCGCUUCAACCGGCUCAACCGGGAUCUACACCGUAUCCAGGAGGCCUAUCAGGAGAUGCAGGGACUGGGCACCAGGGGUGGGAGGACCAACCCCGCCGUGGAGAGGCUCCGAGAACAGAUGGAUAUCGCCAUGGCCCUGUUCCUGUCUUUAAGAACUGCCCUCCUAGAGCCUCAGCUGGUCCAGCACAGCUGGAACCUCCACCUAGCUACGGCCCGUCUCCUCAUCCAGUUAGCUACCACCGAAGACCGAACCACUCUCCGGAUGCCUUCCUACCCCUUGCCCCCUGGGGAUGAAGGGGCUGCGUCCGUACCCCACUGCCUGGCUGACGUGCCCGAGUUCCUGGCCGAGAACCUGAUCAACUUCCUGCAGUUCCUGCGCCGCUUUGCCGAGCAGAAGUUUGAGGAUGGGGCGGAGUCCCUGGGCCACCUGAUGGCCUUCAUCGUGACCUUCAUGGGGAGUAAAGGUCGGAUGAACAACCCCCACCUCCGGGCGAAGCUUGCGGAGGUGAUGGAGGGCCUAAUCCCUCCUAAGGACCAGGCAAAGGCCAUUGUGACAACGUUCAAUCGGGAGAAAGUGUUCCAGGAACAUCCCCUCCUUCCACUUGUCUCGCGGUCGCUGCUCAGCAUCUAUGUGGACAUUGAGUUCUCGGGAGAUGCCCAUGCCUUUGAACAGAAGUUCAACUACCGACGGCCCAUGUAUCACAUCCUCAAAUACCUCUGGAGCUUACAGCAACACAGACAGAGCAUGAAGGAGAUAGCUAAGGAAGCCUUGCAGUCAAUGGAGGCAGCCAACGCACCCCUGUUUCUUCGUUUCAUCAAUCUCCUCAUCAAUGAUGCCAUCUUCAUGCUGGACGAGGCAAUGGAUAAUCUGAAACAGAUCAAGGAGAUGCAGCAUCAGCGAGACAGCGGUGAAUGGCGCAGUCUGUCACCCCUGGAUCUGCAGCAGCGAGAGGGUGCCCUGCGCACCAACGGCAGCAUAGCGCGCUUCUUCAACGUCAUGUCCAACGAGUCCAUGAAUAUUCUAAAGUUCAUCACCAGUGAGAUCAAGGCAAUAUUUGUGCAUCCGGUAAUGGUGGACAGAGUGGCAGCCAUGUUCAACGACUUCUUGCUGAAGCUGGUGGGUCCCAAGAUGGGUGCCCUGAAGGUCAAGAACUUUGACGAGUUUGAGUUCAGGCCGGGCAGCCUGGUGCAGCACAUCUGCCAGGUCUACCUCAACCUGGGCGAGGACGAGAGGUUUUGCGCGGCCGUCUCGCGGGAUGGCCGGUCCUACUCGGCAACCCUCUUCACCCGGGCCGACCGGGUCCUGAAGAAGAUCAUAGCCCCCAUCGAGAUGAUCGAGGCAAUGGCAGCCUUUGCCGAGAGGGUCAGGGCCAUGGCAGCUAAACAGGAAGAGGAAGAGGAAACCUUUGCUGAUGCCCCUGAUGAGUUCAUAGACCCUUUGACCUUUACCCUCAUGAGUGACCCCGUGACCCUGCCGUCCUCCCGCAUAGUGAUGGAACGAGCUGUUAUAGCCAGGCAUCUACUGAGUGACCACACUGAUCCGUUCAACCGGUCACCCCUCACCAUGGAGGAAGUCAUUCCCAACGAUGAGCUGCGGGAGAAGAUUGAAACCUGGAAGCGGGAGAACUCCAAGAGGAAAUGAGUCCCAGACUCCAAUGUAGGGCAUCAAUUGCCUAGGAAUCCUCACCCUGGAAAUUUAUCUGGCGCAGGGAAUAUUUGGUAACCGAAAAAUUGCUUUACCAGCUGAGUCUAGGGUAGCAUUUAGUCAAGGCGUGGGUGGCACUUUAGACACUGGAAAUAUGAAAAGGACCAGUCCUUUGGCAAAAUCACAGGAGCUAAUUAAUAUUUAUUUAUUCAAGUUAUUUGAAUUAUAUGUUUUAGGCUUUGCUCAUUUUAAGGGUGCUGGGAGCAUGACCUUUGUUGGUAGUACAUUCAUUGUUGACCCAAUUGAUAUCCAAUGUAAGCUUCAAAGAUACGGCAUUUUUUCGUGAAUGCAUUUGACGAUGCAAAUAAUUCUACAGUUUGAUUGGUCAGCGUGAGAAUUUCUCGAUCAAAUUGGGAGAGACAUGUAAAGAAAAACAUAAGCCUUUCCCAUGUGAUACCGGUACAAACGGCAAUCGCAGCUUCCCCAUUCACUUUGGUCAGUUUUUCAUGUUGUAUGUAAGCCUUCCUGGUGCUGUACACUCCUUGACUAUGGCCAAGUUCUGGGCUGGUAUAAUAGCAGUUGAAUUUGAACUGCAUGAUGUUUUCUGCUUCCCGCCUUUAGAAACAGAGCCCUGGUCAUAUCUAGCUCAUCGCACCACCACUGUCAGGCACUGAUGAGGGUUUGUGGACCGUAGAAAUGUAAUAGGCCUAUGUACUGAUGACAUCACACUUCGUUAAAUUAACAGACAUAUGCAUUCUCCUGUGGAGCUAGUGAGGGCCCCCAGUUGUCGCGUACCACAGGAAAGCACACUUGUAAAAAUAGUACAGAUGUCAUUGGGUUGCCAUAUGCUGUUAGUGAUAGGCAUAGAACUAUUGAUAAAAUUUUUGGGCAAUUAAGCUAAUAGCGUUGGCACAUUUGUUGCCUGCACCGAAGACUCUUUCCCUUUUUUGAUGGUUGACGAGAACAUAUGGGCUGUUUUGUAAAUUUGGGCUCCAAUUUCCUUUCGAGUCCUGGUACAUCUGGCGUGAUUCUGCAAGGUUAGAACACACUCUUUCAUUCCCACGAGUAAUUCAGUAUUACAAAUUACCUACAAAUCAAUUACAACUCAAUUUCAGUGGUUCCUCCAUGUCCAAUUACAGCGGUCAGGGGUAACAGGGACAUAAAACUGCCACAAUCUCUGGACCGUGGAUGCGUAGAGUGACCUGUCUGUGUAUCACUUGAGAGUUUCAGAGUUAAAAUUAGUAUACU